UUUUUUACUCCAUGGUGUUUGUCGAACCAAGUUUUCAUUUUCACUUGUCGAGGUGUUAUCACUUUAUUUUCAUGGAAGGUCAUUUUUUUGGUAUUAACUUCGCUAAAUUCAAUCGCAAUUUUCUUCCAAGAAACACUUCACUAGGAGAUUUCCCUUCCAAUGAUUCAUGAGGACUGGCUCUAUAAAACAAUAACACUUCAUUGAGCCAAUUCUUCUUAUUACAAUUUUUUGUCAUCAUUCUUUUAAAAUAAUCCACAAAUCUUUCCACUUGC